AUGAGUCAAGAGCAUUUUCUUGAAUUUAUUUCAAAUGGAAACUCAAAUUCUCACGUCGGCCUUCUGGAACUUCUGAAUCCUCUGCAAACACAUAUUGGAUGUGCGAAGAGAAUGGGACCAGCCGAAUCUUAUAUGCUGUGUGUAUUGGGAGAUGAGGGGCAGUUCAAAAUGUGGAAUUUGAAAAAGAAUUCUGUGAAGCCUGGAUCCAGUUGCAAGAAGGGAUAUAAAAAUGAAAGUGGAUUAUGCACAAUGCCAAUACCAACGACUAGAAUCCCACCGAAAAAAGCACCACAAACGACUGACGCUGCACAAUCAUUUUUAUCCGGAAUUAUCCAGCUAUUUAUUACUUUCAUUGUGUUCUUUUUGUAG